AUGGUAGCUUUACUACCAAACAUUUUUUCUGUUCUAAUAAUGACAGAAUUUAUUCUGGGAAAUUUUGCCAAUGGCUUCAUAGCACUGGUAAACUGCAUUGACUGGGUCAAGAGACAAAGGAUGUCCUCAGCUGAUCAAAUUCUCACAGCUCUGGCGAUCUCCAGAAUUGGUUUGCUCUGGGUAAUAUUAAUAAAUUGGUAUACAGCUGUGCUCCGUACAGGUUUAUAUAGUUUAGAAGUAAGAACUGUUGUUCAUGUUGCCUGGGCAGUAAGCAACCAUUUUAACAUCUGGUUUGCUACUAGCCUCAGCAUAUUUUAUUUGGUCAAGAUAGCUAAUUUCUCUAGCUUUAUAUUUCUUUACCUAAAGCAGAGAGUUAAAAGUAUACUUCUCGUAAUAAUCUUGGGGACUCCAGUCUUUUUGGUUCCUCAUAUUACAGUGCUAUGCUUAGAUGAGAAUAUGCGGACUAAUGAAUAUGAAGGAAACAUCACUCAGAAGACCAAAUUGAAGGGCGUUUUUCACCUUUCAUUUAUGACUCUAUUCACACUAGUAAACUUCAUACCAUUUUCUAUUUCCCUGACAUCUUGUCUGCUGUUAAUCAUUUCCCUGUGGAAACAUCUCAAGAAAAUUCAGCUGAAUCUAAAAGGAUCCCAAGAUCUCAGCACCAGGGUCCACAUAAGAGCCAUGCAAACUGUGGUUUCCUUUCUCCUGCUACAUGUCAGUUACUUCCUGGCUCUAAUUAUCUCAGUUUGGAAUUCUGAAAGGCUGAAGAAUCAACUAUUUGUCAUGCUUUGUGAGGUUCUUGCAAUGUUGUAUCCUCUAAGCCACUCAUUUAUCCUGAUUUGGAAAAACAAGAAGCUAAGAUCAUACUUGAAAAACAUAAGAAAGAUUAUAAGGUUACCAUACCAUUAAUCAAUUUUUUUUGAGGUAAGCAAUAUAAUUUUACAAAAUAUUGUAAAAAAAUUCCUCAGGAUUAGGAAGCAAUGUGUAUUUCACAUACAUAUUCUAUGUUAUCUUCUUUUAAUGGAAGAGUUUGUGAUAUAUUUAUGCAUUUUUAAGAACUGACAACUUAUCUCAGGUGAUCAUUGCUACUUUCCAUUGUAAUUUGGAUGAAAUGUAUGUACCACAGUGUAUUUAGAUUUUAUUGUUUGAACCUCCAAUCUUUUGGAUGGUAAUGAUAUUCAACUCUAAAUCGCACAUUGAGGAUACAUAUUUGGGAAAGAAAUUAUUCCACCAUGAAUUCUUUCUUCAUGGUUAAUAGAGAAC